CAUGGCUUCGGCGGACGCCCUCCUGCUGCUGCUGCUGCCGUUGCUGCUGCUGACUUCUGCUAGAGCGGACAUCAAGCCAGGCGGCCAACAGCCCUCGUGCCCGGCAGCUCCCGGACCUGGUGGGCGGAACGCGGCGCAGCGCCUGCACCAUGACCUCUUCUGCGGCUACGAGACGGCCGUGCUGCCCAUCGCCGACGUCAACAAGAACAUAGAGGUCUCCAUCAACGUCUGGCUGCACAGCAUCGAUAUCAACGAGUAUUACCACGAAUCGUUGCAAGUGAAUACUUGGAUACUGAUGGACUGGAACGAUGAUUACCUUCCGUGGGAUCCUAACGUGUAUGAUGGCAUCCAGGAUGUGAGGCCAACGCCCGACGAGAUAUGGACACCGUCCUUCAUUCUGCUUGAGCAGUGGCAGGGGCCCUCGCUGCAGGCGCAGCGGCCGACGGAGGGGUGCGUCGCCACCCACGCGGGCGAGGUGGAGUGCAUGUGGCCGGCCUCGUUCAGCCUCGCCUGCCAGCUCGAGUACGCCCUCUGGCCCUUCGACUCGCAGGUCUGCGAGUUCUCGCUCAUCUCCAUCAGCGACAACUCCAGCAGGAUGACGCUGCACGUCAACAAUCAGACGCUGACGAUGUGGAUGCUGGAGAACUCUGAGUGGGCAGUGGAGUGGUCCCGGGUGGAGGCGCGGCGUAUACCGUGUCCACUGUGCGGGCCGGGGCAGACCACGCCGGUGAUCCACUUCCAGGUGGCUCUGCGCAGGCGCGCCGCCCUCUACCUGGCCGCCAUCACCGUACCAGCUUUCGGUCUGGCACUGCUGACACUGCUGCCAUACUUGCUGCCGCCAUCCACGCCGCAGCGUCCCUUGCUGGCGGCCGCCGGAGUGUUGGCACACCUGUUCAUCCUGCAAGUCAUCGCCAGCGCCAUCUACGGUCCAGCCGGCAUCUCUGUGCCGCCUAUCGUGCUGCUGGUCCGCGACUCCCUGGUCCUGUGCACGCUGUCGCUGGUGACGUCAGUGGCGCACCGCCGGCUGGUCACCGCCUGCCCGGAGCCGCCGGCCAUCCUCAGGGCGUCCUCCGCCAGGCUGCUCGACCUCUGGGCCGCCAGCCUCUCCUUCGUCCGCUUGCAGGUUUCGGAGUCGCCGUCGCCGCCCGGCACACCCGCGGCGGACUUCUGGCUGCGCUGGACGGGUGCCGUCGACGUCUGCGUGCUCGCCGUCUCGGCGGUGGCCUACGUCAUCGUGCUGGCCAGGUUCCUGCCCUGACGAGCGGCCAGCCAGGCGCCUCCCCUGCCGCCCCGAGGCGGGACGGCUUCAGCGCGGCGCCAGCGGCCACCUGUUCCUCAGCCCGCGGCCCGGCCGCUCAGCAGCAAGACCUAACACUGCCUCACUGUAUACUUCUACCUCAAGUAAAA